CAAACAGUAGUGUGUGAUGAUUAACCAGUUAAUUCAGCCUUACUUCACAGAUUUUCUUCUGCACUCAUACAUGAAUUUCGUGAAGUCAAAAAGAAAAAGAAAAAUGCGAUUUCGACUCUCACACUCACUCCGUUUAGCUUCUUCCCUCCUCACCAAGUCAAACAAGUUUCAAUUCCACCACUUCACCACCACCACCACCGCCACGCCGGAACUACGACCCGACCCGCCCCCUAUUCGAGUCGGCCUCACAGACUCGGCGGGGCGCGGUGUCUUCGCCACCCGUCCGAUCGGCGCCGGAGAACUCAUCCACACCGCCAAGCCCGCCGUAUGCCACCCUUCUCCCAACGUUCUCCACACUGUCUGUUACUGCUGCCUCCGCAGAAUCUCUAAUCCCGAUGGCUCCGAAGCUCAACGCGUGUCGUUUUGCAGUGAAGAUUGUAAACGACGCUGCAUGGAAUUUUACAAUGUUGAGAUGAAAGCAGAUUGGGCGGCUUUUGAUGACUAUUGCGGGACCCAUGGUUUGAAAUAUCCUUUCAUGGUGAAGCGGUUGGCUUGCAUGGUCAUAUCAGGAGUUGCCAGAAGUGACAGUGUAGACAUACUUCAACCUGCCAAUUUGACACCUCAGAUGAUUUCACGGAUGGAAGAAGAGUUUGGCUUGUUAUGGAAUGCUUUCAGAAAGACACUUAUUUCAGAUGAAGAUAUUUCUUUUUUAACCAAGCAAUGGUACAUUGGUGUUUUGGCACGAAUUCGAAUCAAUGCAUUUCGCAUUGAGUUGGCUGCAGGGCUAUAUGAAGAUCUUCUUUCAUCAGCAGCGGCAUCUGUAGAAGCUGAAGCUGCCGUUGGACAUGCUGUCUACAUACUUCCAUCCUUCUACAAUCAUGAUUGUGAUCCAAAUGCGCACAUUAUAUGGAUAGAUAACGCAGAUGCAAAAUUGAAGGCCCUUCGUGAUGUUGACGAAGGUGAAGAACUUAGAAUCUGCUACAUUGAUGCCAGCCUGGAUCGCGAUGCUCGGCAAGAACUUUUAUCUCGGGGAUUUGGUUUUCAAUGCAACUGUAACAGGUGCUUACAUGGAGAUUAAUCAUUCUCUGAAAAUUUCGUCCUAGAUUUUGCAACAAUUUAGUGGCCCUGAGAAAUCACUUUUAUAUCUUGGUGUGUACCUGUUAUCAUCUAUAAUUCUGUAGUACUCUUUUAUCUUCUUGAAUAGAGUUUCUCGUGAACC